AUGGAGAGACCACAGACCUGCAAUUUACUCUUGCUGCUAGUGUUGUUCCUUCUUGUCACGGAUGAGUUUGUUUUGGGAGCUCAUGCGAGUCUCUCCAGUACGUCAAUGGCUGAUGCCCAUCCAAAGGCAGCAAAUUCAAGCCGGAAGUAUUCCCUUAGACGAAGCCAAUUUCCCAAAGGUUUCCUGUUUGGGGCAGCCACAUCAGCUUACCAACAUGAAGGUGCGACAUGGGAAGAUGGUAGACGUCCUAGUAUAUGGGAUGCUUAUGCUCAUGCUAAUCCAGGUAAAAUUAAAGAUGGAAGCACGGGCGAUGUGGGUUCCGACUCCUACCAUCUAUACAAGGUACGAUAUAUAGCUUCCUUAUUUUUCACAAAUAUUCGACUAAAUCUAUAUAUGUAUGUCUUAUUGUUUGAAACUGGACAAGACAGGACCGACUUUCGAGAUUAUGUCGAUUUGUGCUUCAAGGAGUACGGCGACCGUGUCAAGUAUUGGAUCACAAUAAACGAGCCAUUUACCGUCGCUAAAGGCGGCUAUUACGCCGGUGACCUAGCCCCCGGCCGGUGCACCAGCCACGGCAACUUUACCUGCGACGAGGGAGAGUCGGGUACCGAGCCCUACUUCGUUGGCCACAACCUGCUCCUUGCUCAUGCAACGGCGGUCCAAUUGUACAAGCAGAAAUAUCAGGCAACUCAGAAAGGUAUUAUUGGAAUGGCGAUGAAUGUGGAUUGGUACGUCCCUAUGACCUCGAGUGGACGGGAUAAAAGUGCCGCAAGAGAUGCCCUUGACUACAACUUCGGUUGGUUCAUGGAGCCACUAUACCGUGGUGAUUAUCCAGAGAGCAUGAAACAAUACGUCGGUGGUCGGCUCCCAAGAUUCUCUAAGCAACAAUCGAAAUUGAUAAGAAACUCAUUCGAUUUCAUCGGCAUCAACUAUUACACGGCUCGAUAUGUAAAGGCCCUCGACUUACCUGCUAACCGUCACCUCGUUCUCCCUGAGUCGCAUGCCUCAGUUACCCUGAUAGAUGACAAAGGGAAACCAAUCGGUCCUCUGACAGCCGCCGAAUGGAUGGCGAUUUAUCCAAGAGGGCUUUGUGAUCUCUUGCUCCACAUAAAGAAGACGUAUCAGAAUCCUCUUAUCUAUAUCACAGAAAAUGGAGUUCCUGAUGCUGGGAACUACACGUACCCACCACUUGUAGCUCCACCAAACGAUAACCUAAGAGCUUCAUCUAUUCGAGAUCAUCUCUCCUUCCUUAGAAGGGCCAUGAGAAUGGGAGUCAAUGUGAAGGGCUACAUCGUUUGGUCUUUGCUUGAUGGGUUCGAGUUGGGUGAAGGUUACAAAACCAAGUUCGGAUUGUUCUAUGUUGAUGUUAAGGAUCCUUCCGUCAGAAUCCCAAAAAUGUCAGCAAUCUGGUAUCGGAAGUUCCUUACGGGACAUUAAUCAGAUUGAUUUGAUUGGUAGUUUUGAUUAGCACUGAUCGGAUAUUAAUAGAGAGGCUUGGAAAUAGGAUGGAUGUUAUUAAUAACAUGGAUACUGCGACAUGGACGAGUAGGUUUCUUUUGCUUUUGCUUUUUCUGCAUAAAAUUGUACAAUUAAACA